GACAUUAAUAAACUCCCUGUAAGUAAGGUUUAUCCUCUUUUGUAGCUCAUAAUGAACAGUCCAACGAUAUCUAAUUGUGUUCUUGCUUUACUAAUUGUAAUAAAAUUAGCCUAUGGCAAUAAUGUAAACUUAAAUGAAGAAACUAAUGUACAAGAAAAAAUUACCUAUAAUGGUGACCAAGUUUUAAGAGUAGAACAAGUAAAUUCAAAACAGAGAAAAACUAUUAAAGAUCUCGAAAAUAGGGGUCUACUACAAAAAUGGUAUUCUACUCCGACAUCAGUAGAUGUAAUGAUAAAAAACGAAAACAAGAAUAUUGUUAAAAGUGUAUUAAACAAUGGAUCAUUAUCGUUUGAUUUAUUCAUUGAUGAUGUACAACGAGCUAUAGAUGAAGAAAAUCUUCCUGUGACGAUAAAUGACGAACAAUUGGGAAGAAGAGAACACAACGUGACAUUUGAAAACUAUCAUACGCUUAAAGAUAUUUAUCAUUACAUUGAUUACAUAUCACAAGAAUAUCCUAACAUUGUGGAAAUAGAAAAUAUUGGUCAAUCAUUCGAAGGCACUCCAUUAAGAGUUGUGCGAAUUAAAUUAGACAAAAAUUCAUCUACUACAAAUGCUAUCUGGAUAGACGGAGGAAUACACGCUAGAGAAUGGAUAUCUGUCUCUUCAGUAUUAUAUCUUAUCAAUGAACUUGUUUACAACCAAGAUUUAUUGAAAACUUACAUGAAAAAUAUAGAAUUUCAUAUUCUUCCAAUAGUAAAUCCAGAUGGAUAUGUCUACUCACACCAAAAAGAGCGCUUAUGGCGUAAAAAUCGUAAUAAACAUCCAGGAAGUAGUUGUUUUGGAACAGAUUUAAAUCGUAAUUGGGCAUAUCAUUGGGGUGAAUCUGGCGCUAGCAAAUACAAAUGCGCAGAAAUUUUUAGGGGAGCAAAAGCAGGAUCUGAACCAGAGACUCAAGCAAUUGUUCAGUAUAUCAUGAAAGAUCCUAGUAAAUUCAAAGGAUUUUUAACGUUCCACAGUUAUGGACAGUAUAUAUUAUAUCCAUGGGGAUAUGCUAGAAGAGUACCAUCUGAUCAUAUUGAUUUACAAAGAGUGGGACAGGCUAUGGCCGCAGCAAUAAAAGAGGCAACAUCAUUUGAGUAUACUGUUGGAAAUAGUGCAUCACUUUUAUACCCAGCAGCAGGAGCAUCUGACGAUUGGGCAAAAGGCGUCGCAAAAAUAAAAUAUGCUUAUACAUUUGAACUUAGAGAUACAGGAAAAAAUGGAUUCAUAUUACCAGCAUCACAUAUUGUACCUACUGGAAAAGAAGCAAUAAUAGCAGCCACCAUAUUAGCUGAAGAAAUAAGUUUAGAAAACUCUAUUACUACUUAGUAUUAUAAAAUCACCCAAUAAUAAUUAAACUGAAAAACUCGAUUAAAUUUAUUAUUUAUUUUCCUUUAAAACUAAAUAAUCAAAUUAGCCAAGUAUUUUUAUUAGCAAUAUUGAUUAAAUUGUGUAUUUUUAUAUUUGUUAAUAAAAACAUUACUACUGAAGUAAAACGAAUUUAUUUAAAUAAUUUUCAUUGUACUAACAAUUAUUGUGUAUAUCCUUAUAUUACAACCCAGACAAUUGGGUUUGAGAUUAAGUAGGUAAUGAAUUUAAUAAUUUUAAGUUACAAUGAUAAAAACAGCAGCUCACUUAAUGUCGACUAACAUCAUCACAAUAUCCUCAAUUCUCCGAACAAGCUGCUAAUAUAAAACUACAAUUUUCGACAAAUUACAAUGAUAUGAUCUAUCAUUUAGUGUUAGCAUUAUUUUCACUGUGAUGAUGAUAUUAAAUAUUUUCAAUUUUUCAGACAAACUUAGAAAAAUAACAAUAAAUUCGUUCUUUUCGCCAGGAAAUCUAUAAUCGUUCUUUGUUUUAAAAUCAUAUAAUAUUCAAACAAAUCACUUUAUUCCAAAUAACAAACAUGUUUACAACUACUACACUUUGCCAAAUUGAAACAAACUCCAAUGAGAAAUCGGUAUUUAAAUAAAAAUUGUCAUUUGUGUAAAAAGUGAAAAAAAACUCUUUAAUAAAUUGAUAUAAAAUGUACAUCUAUAUUAUAAG